GGAACCGGAAAUAGAUCUAAACCAAAAAUAAAUGUAGCGCUACUAGAGAGCUUAGUUUUGUAUUUUCCCUGCAUAGUUUUGUGUCUGCCUACUGCGGGAAAGUUGAGCCAUGUCGCGGAAUCCUUUCCCCACCACACAGAUGCAAAACCUGUGGAAAGAGGCCAUAGAAAAUGAGGCGCAGAGUAGACUAGCUGCCUUCAAGAGACUUAAAGGUAAACCAAGAACUAUUUCCAACCAAGCAGAAGUUUACCGGAAAAGACAGGAACUGAACAAAAGUGCGCUCAUUAAAAUCGCUCCUCCAGACGUUGAAGAGCCCAGACAUCACGUCAAAAAUGCUGACCACGUCAGUAAGCAGAGGGCGUAUGCCUUUUAUGACAGUGUAGACGAGCCCAAAUUGCUAGAAAGUGAAAAGAGCACCAUGAGACCUGUGUCCCCUUUGGUCAGAGCGACGUUGUAUCAUGGCUACUCCAAGCUGGGAGAGGGGAGAAAGAACUACCUCCGAGAACGUUACAGCAAGAACCCCGAAGAUAAAUUUAUUUUCCCCCUUACCGCGUCCUGGGAGUACGGCUGGAGGCUGGCGGAUGUCAUGAAGGAGGGCGACUUGCACAGGCCCAAGUUUGCACAGUACGAGAUAAUGAAAAACACUUUCUACAGAAGAAAUGGAGUGCGUGUGACGCAAGGCUUCUAACGUUGAGGGGCUAUACACAUUUGACGUCUGACUGAUAAUAAUCAAAACGUUAUUCAGAACCAAGGGACAUAUUUGUUCAUGAUGAAAUGUAUUGGCUUACUCUCCAUUGAACGUGAACAACCCGUGUAGCUGGUACUCAAAACAUUUUGUUUAAAGUGCAUUGUUUAAAAAGGCAAGAAAAAUACAAUAAUUCAAACUGCA